UUCAGCAAAAUGGCCGGUCGUGAUAGUAGUGUCCUAUGUCUCUUCGAUGUCGAUGGCACCCUGACACCAGCGAGGCAGAAAAUUAUCGCUGGAAUGGGUGAUUUCCUACAAGACCUAAAGAAAAAGGUUGUUGUUGGUUUGGUGGGCGGAUCUGACUUUGCUAAGAUUGCGGAACAAAUGGGAGGUGGUGACUACAUCUUGCAAAAUUUUGAUUACGUCUUUACAGAAAAUGGACUGGUAGCCUAUAAAGAUGGAAAACUUAUCGGCAAGGAGAGUAUACAAAGUUAUAUGGGUGAAGAAACUCUCCAAAAAUUUCUCAACUUUUCUUUGAAGUAUAUGUCAGAGCUGUGGCUUCCUGUGAAAAGCAUAUGCAGUAGUGUAUUUGCUGAUAUCUUAAUGUUUAUUCAUCAUGUUGUCUUCCAUAUUAUAUUCCUCCUUCACAUCAUCGUCAUUGACUCCCAAAAAGAAAAGAUCAGGGAAAAAUUUGUAGAAGCUUUAAGAAAAGAAUUCUCAUCUUCUGGUUUAGUGUUUUCAAUUGGUGGUCAGAUAAGUAUAGACGCUUUUCCAAAAGGCUGGGACAAAACUUAUUGUUUGAACCAUCUGAAAGACGAGGGCUUUAAAACAAUCCACUUUUUCGGAGAUAAAACAUCACCGGGUGGUAAUGACCAUGAAAUAUUUGCUGACUCAAGAACUAUUGGUCACUCUGUCAAAGGUCCAGAUGAUACACGUAAUCAGGUUGAAGAACUCUUCUUUAAGAAUUAAUCCAUUAUUAUUGAUUAUCUUGUCUUCCUGUCACAUGUAAUGAGACAACUAAAAUAAAACUAAAUUUAUCUUGAAUUAUAUAAAAUUGAUAACUGUAAAUAUUCUAAUUUAGGUGUUACUUAUGGCACAUUUCAAUCUUUCCUGAUGUCUUAAUUAGAGUAGUGUCAAUGGUUAACUCCAUUUCCACAAGGUUAAAUUAUCACUGGAAAAUGAGUUAAAUACUUCUUCAAUGCUCAGUUUUAUUUUUAAAAAAAUUAAAAAUUUCCUGGCACAAUCUAGCUUUCUGAUUAUUUUAAUUUUAAAUUAAUAAUCUGCUUUUCCUGUCACUUCAAAUGACAAAGUUUCAGGUCAACUCGUAAAUGGAAAAAACAUGGCAGAUACAUUUCACAUUUGGUGUUUACAUGGGGUUGAAAACAUUUGCUUUCAAUCAAACUAAAUUGAAUUGACUUGCAUUUCAUUGUAAACCAAAGAAUAUUUUUUUUGCAUGUUAGUAUAAUCAAUGAUCAUAACUUUGAAAACAUGUGAAAUAGCAUGACCAGAUUAACACUACUGUGAUCGUUUUCCACUAAAUCAAUGUGUCAGUGUUGUUGUUUUUACAUGAAACUUGUUCUAUACUUAAAGUUUAAACCAGUAAUUUUUGUUAUAAAUUUUUUUUUAAAAAAGAGUGACACCUACAUUGGAAUAUUUACAGUAUAUUUUUUUUCAGGGAUAACUGUUGUAUACUCAAAAUUUAGAGAUUAGUAGGUGAAAAUUAUUGUACAUUUUCAUGGAUUUUAAGGAUCAGGGAAGGGUCAGAUUUUGUAUUUGGAUUCACUUACAGGACUACAUGGGGAAGUCUUUUGGUGUGCAGAACAUGCAACCUUAUCAUAUCAACUUAAUUUCAUAUUUUCUUAUGGUAAUAGAAUUUUUAAUUUGGCACAAGGCGAAUAUUUCUUAUGUCGUUUUGUUCUGUAUUUCAAUACCUAGCAUAACAGAGAAUUCCAUUAUUUAAUUUAUGGUGACUUGUUUUUAUCAAAUUUGACUGUGACAAUAUUCAUUGUAAUUAUUAUUGUUCAGAAGUUUUGAUAAAAUAUUGAAAGAUAUCAUAAAUAUUGAUAUAUACAUGUAUAUAUUGGAAAAGACCUGUAUUGUGGUACACUUGAGAAAGAGCUAUCGUUGCUAUUAGAUAUAUCAAGCACAUUAGGAUAGCACACGAUGGAAGCACAACACAGUCUAGCUGUUUACUGUGUGGUAAAAAAUAGUUAAAAUGUUUUUUAGAACAUUUUUUUAAAACAAGAUAUACACAUUAUGGUUUACUAUCAACACAAUACGCCAUUAUCUCUUGUUGAGAUGCCAUAUUACCAUUCAGCACAUACAAAAUGCUUGUUCUUGGAUGUUGAUCUUCUGUGCAAAACAAUUAUGUUGAAUGCUUGGUGAUUUCAGCCAUUAAUCAGUGGAUAAAGCAUAGUAAUGUUAAAAUUGGGUAAAUAUAUAUAAUGAAAUAUUAUUAAAAAUAAAGAAUAUUUUAUGAUUGGU